AUGGACGGGUUCCCCGCGCUGGACGCCUCGAUGGGCCCCGGCGGUCAUUUCGCGUCGCCGGCAAGCCCUGGCAGCCCGGUGUCACUGAUCCGGGCGCUGAGACAGGAGCAACCGCCGGGCUGGAAGAAGUACUGGAACGCCAAGGCAGCGCGAGAGGCACGCGAAGCAGAGGAGAGAGAGAGGCUGCGCCUGCCGCGGUCGAGCUCGGCUCCGCGCACCCGGAGCUUGGAGCGCGCCGAGCGCGCGGAGCGCCGGGAGCGGUCGCCGGAGGAGCUGUUCUCCGUGUCUUGGGAUCCGUACACAGGACGCCGCAGCUUCAACGCGCAGGCGGGCGCCCACCUGCCAGAGCGCCUGCUACAGGCGGCAGCUCGAGGCGAUGCGGUUCAGGUGCAUGGCAUCCUGGAGCACACCGCGGACCUCGAGAGGAGCGGCAAGAGUUUGGCCCUCUACGAGGUGAUGGCGGUGAGGGAUGAGGACCAGCGCACGCCCCUGCACUGGGCCGCGAGGAACGGCCAUGCCGAGGUUUGUAGCCUCCUGCUGAGACGCCGCGCAGAUGUGCAUGCUGCUGAAGGCCACGGCGCCUCCGCCCUGGCGCUGAGCUGCUUACAGGGCCACGGCGCGGUGGCGCGACUUCUGCUGCAGCAGAAGGCGCAGGUGGGACAGGCGGACCGCAAAGGACGGAAUGCUCUCCACGUGGCCUGCUGCCGGGAUCCGCAGCUGGUGCGGCUGCUGCUGAGCCCCAGCCUUGUGAGCUCCAAGGACGGUCUGGGCCGCAAUGCGUUGUACUAUGCGCUGGGCAACAGCAACAACGAAGCUCAGAAGGAGAUCAUUGCCAUGCUCCUCAAUAGAGGCUGCCUCGUCAACGAGGCGGACGCCUUUGGCCAUACUCCGCUUUGGUACGCGGUGCAAGCAGGCGCUGCAGAGGCGGUUGGCCUGCUGCUGCGAUCGCAGGGCUUAGGCCCGAGGCCAGAGGGCUGGCCCGGCGGGCUUCCGAGCCCGGGAAGCAGCGGGAACGCGAUUUCGCCGGAGCCGAGUGGGGAAGGGAAGGCGCCACAGGAAGCGCAGGCUCCUGCAGUGCCGGUGGAUCCAAAGCCAGAGUUGCCAGAGCAGUCGAAGCCUGCAGCAGACCAGCCGGUCGCGCAGACAGCGACACCGGGCAGACUGGCGGAGAUCAAAGCGCCACCGCUGCACGCGCCCGUUUUAGGGAUGCCGGUCGCUUCGCCCAAAGCGCCGGAGAGUGAUGCGAAGGUGCCACAGGAAACACAGAAACCAACAGAUCCAAAGGCAAAGCCACCAGAGACAAAACCAGCGGAGGAGACAAAACCAGAGCCGAAGCCAGAGGAAGCCAAGCCGGUACCUUCCGAGGCAAAACCGGAGCCGAAGCCAGAGGAAGCCAAGCCGGUACCUGCCAAGCAAAACCGGAGCCGAAGCCAGAGGAAGCCAAGCCGGUACCUGCCGAGGCAAAACCGGAGCCGAAGCCAGAGGAAGCCAAGCCUGCCAAGGCAAAACCGGAGCCGAAGCCAGAGGAAGCCAAGCCGGUACCUGCCGAGGCAAAACCGGAGCCGAAGCCAGAGGAAGCCAAAGGAAGCCAAGCCGGUACCUGCCGAGGCAAAACCAGAGACGAAGCCAGAGGAAGCCAAGCCGGCACCAGCCGCAGCGCCAAAGGCUGUCAAAGUGGCCGGGACAAAGCCGUCGGAGCCAGAACAGACUUCAGCCAGACAGGCCGAGACUCCCAGGAGUUUUGUGGAUCCCUUGCCAGUUGUGGAAUCAGUCUUGGGCUCCGGCAUGAGCACUGCCCCGGUGGCUUCUGAGCUAAAGGCUUUGGUGCAAGAGCACAGCUUCUUGAACCCCUCCACCGCGGCGUGUCGGCACCCGCUACACUGCUGGGUGAGCCGAUGCACGCGGCAUUUGUGUGACAACAAGUUGGAGGAAGCCAAGGCCUGCCUCAAGCGGGUGUCCACAGGCCUGGAGACGGACCGUCACCGCGUGGCCACCGCCUUCCGGCGCUUCGACGCAGACCGCUCGGAGCAGCUGGACGACCAGGAGCUGUCGCGCUUGGCCGCCUACUUGGGCUUCGAGGUGUGCCCCGCCGACCUGGAUCACAACGAAGAUGGUGAGAUCAGCCUGUCGGAGUUCCAAGACUUUGUGGGGCGCAUGGGGGGUGUCCAGCAGCUCUUCGAGCAGCGCCGGCGCCAGGUGGCGGAACGGCGCCGGGACGCCCUGAGCCUCGCAGGGGUGGCGGUGGGCGCACGCGUGCGCGCCCACUUCUACGAGGGUGAGAAGCCGUACCGGGAGAAGAGUGCUGAGCCGGAGGAGGCAAUCGUGGUGGGGGUGCACUUCACUGGGGAUCAGGACAUGGGCUGCCCUGCACAGCUGGAGGUGGAGCUGGAGUUCCUCAGGAACCAGCGCAAGACCUGCGUGCCAUCACACUGGAUCGUGAGCAGCGAGGAGGACGCGGAGGUGGCGGCGGCCCUCCGGGAGGUGGGCAUCCACGAUGAGGACCAGCCUUUCUGGGAGUCCGUGUAUCCAGCUUCUGAAAUGCGGGAGGUGUGCCGCCUCACCUGGUGCCAGCGCCGGGCGGUGGCGCAGGUGAGGGCUCAGGCCACAGCCUCCCACGAGGCCGCCUACCCUCGGGUCUUGGAGAAGUUUUCCCAGCUGGGCUACACGGACAAAGAGCUACAGGCGGUGCUAAAUUGGGUCCAAGACUUGGCUCCGGUGAUCAUCCACGUGAACCUGGACUCGGUGGGCCGGUUCCUGGAGUCCGACGACUACUACCGGAGCCAGUUCGAGACGAAGACGUCCAACGGCGCCCUGGAUGAUGGCAACCUCACCCGCAUCGGCUGGGAGAAUGACCUGUUCGGCGACGCCUACGAUGAUGCCAAGCCAUUUGAGCGCUGCAAGUACGGAGCGCUCAACGUGACCAACGACUUCGAGGGCUGCAAGUCAGCCCUGCAGUACGGGGACAGCUACUUGGUGCUGAAGGACGUGCGCCUGCGCUGCACCUUCGCUCCGGAGGACUCCGGGGGCAUUGAAGGCUCCAGGCUGGCAGUGCUGGACAAGUAUGCUCAUGUGCUGGAGGAGUACGACGACCAGGAGAUCCAAGGCUUGGUGGAGGUGGCCACUGCCCCCCCGCCCAUGUCCCCCGAGGAGCUGCCCAAGCUGCUGCGAGGCAGCACGGAGAAUCCGACAGUGGAGUGGAUCACCUUGGGCUUUCCGCAGCUCAAGCGCAACACAGGCUGCUUCUUCUUUGAGGUGGAGUUAAUGAAGGGCUGCUGCCUGCCACAGGUGGGCCUCGUGGGGGACCAGUUCCCCUGCUACCCCGGGCUCCGCUCUUUGAGCGGCGUGGGGGACGACGAGUACUCCUGCGGCGUGGACGGCCUGCACGAGGCCUGCCUCAAGGGCGGGCCCUUGAGCUCCUGGAACGGGUCCUGGCCUCGGGAGGCUUCGGACGCCUGGGAGGAGAGGGAGCAGCAAGUCUUGGCCCAGACGGUCGUAGUGGGUGUGGCCGUGGAUUUUGACCGCUCCCUGAUCUGCUUCGGCUCCGACGGGAACUGGACAGGCGCCCCGCAGGUCACUGGCGUAGACAUGCCCGUCACCGGCGACGGGCUCUUCCCCGCUUUGUCGGUGAAAGGCUGCGCGUCCUUCCACUUCGGCCCCGACUUCCGACAUCCGCCGCCGCCAGCGCUGGUGACCUUCAAGACAUGGCCAGGUGCUCUUGGUCGAGUUCGCAUCGACUCCCCGGGGGUGGGCAACUCGAGUGUGCUGAACAUUUACAAGGAGGCGCAGAUCCACGGGGAGGUGUGCCUCAAGCGCCACGUGCUGCGCCUGGUGGCGGCCCAGCGCUAUCGCCAGAAGGCGCGCUGCUGGACCGUGCAGGUCACAGGUGCUGGGCGAUGCAAUGGCACCUACAUGUGGAAAGGCCGGCACAACCGCCGGUCCUUCUACCGGGACAAGUCGGGCUCCGUGAUCUACUACUGCCUGGAGGAGGCGGAGUGGCACAUGAACGACCGGGACGACUUCGAGGGCUUCAUGUUCCGCGCGCCGAGCCGCAAGGUGGAGAUCAUCAACGGCCCCAGCGGCUCCGUGGAGCCCCCGCGGGCGGGCUGGAAGCCGGCGCUGGGGCUCAAAGGCUGCGUCCACGUGGACGUCUUCAAGAAGGCGAUGGCGGAUCUGCACGUCGCGGAGGCAGACCGCCUGGCCGAGGUGUUGCGCGGUCAAGAUGCAGAGAAGGACCUCGUCUUUCGGAAGAACGGAGACACAUCUUUCAAGGCCGAGUGGAACUCCCUGGCCUGGCCUUUGCAGACACGUCCACACAGUGCUUCGAGUGCUUGGGCCGAGGUGGCCAGAGGCGCCCAGGCGGAGCUGCUGCGGGGCCUGGGCUUCGCCGCCGGCUGCGCAGUGGGCUCCAUUUGGCAGGCGGGGGCCCAGAGCCGGGAGCCCGACGGCAGCUGGGAGGCGGUGCUGAGCCUCGGCGCCGGAGCCGAGAGCCACGGCGUGGCGGUGCACGUGCUGACCAAAGGCUCCACGGCGCCGCUGACGCUGUGGCCCCCCCGCUGCUGGCGCUUGCGGGGCUGCGGGGCCCGGGCCGCCACAGCGCCGGAGGCCGGCACCUGGGGCCGUUGUCUUGGCAAUGUGCGGAUACCUGGCACCAUCGUGGAGAGGGGGCCAGGAGCUUUGAGGCUCCUCUUGCUGGACGAUGACGCACUCACCAGGACGGACGCCUUUUGGGCCCUGCAAGAAGCAACGGCAUUAGAGGGCGAGCCCACCAGCGGGAGGUGGAGCAGCCUUAGCCGCUGUUCUUUGCAGAUGUCCGGAGCUGCCGGCAGCCUGUGGAUGAGCCGCCAGCGGAGAGAGUUGACGGGGAAGUACGAGGCAGCUACGCGGAGUUUCCAUGGGGUGGCCGUGCAAACAGAAGCCGAAGACGAGGAUGCAGUGUCGCAUUUGAGCAUCAGGGCUGGUGUCUCGCAAUGUCAAAGCGAUUUGGGGUCACGGCUGGAUCAGGAGCUUGCCGUGGAGAAGGAGGGAGACAAGGAGAUCUCGGUGCACCUGCACUUGUCGGAGGAUGGGCUGAGCCUCACCGGAGCUCUCGGCUCGGAGGAGAUUACCUUCCGCCGGAUGAUAAGCGGGCCGAGCUACUUGUGGUGCAGCGCGGAUACAGAAGAGGACAACGCUCUGAAGCGGGUCACUGUUAUCUACGACAAGAACAAUAAGGCCAGCGGGGAGCUGCAGCUGUCGCUGCAGCCGCAGCUGCCACUGACGCCCAUCCGCUUGGAGGCCUUCGGACCGCAGAAAGGCCCGGCACAGGAAGCAGGCGUCAGAGCGGGAUGGUACCUGGACAUUGAUGCCACCUUCUUCGGCGCUUCACAGCACAUCUUCCAGGAGCACUUUGAGCACGAGUCCGGGUACCCGGAGAAUGUCGAGCAAGCCCUGAGGCUGAUACAUCCACUUUUCCGGUGUCUCCAGAGCUCUCUGGACAAGAAGGGGCUUUGUCUGACCUUCUGCAACGCUCUGGAGGCCCAGAUGCUGCCGGAGGUGCGGGUCUUCUUCCCAGCCAAGAGCACUCCCAGGGAGCAGCUGGGCAAGCUUACGGCCGAGGGUGAGCUCACAGGGGAAGGCUUGCCCCGCAGCAGCCCUGCCACGGUGGCUGGGGUGCGAGCCGGCUGGCAGCUCUCGGUCAAGAAGAGCGCGAGCCUCACCGCGCGCCACGGUGUGGCGGUGCCAGAGGAGGCGCAGAUGGAGUUUCUCCUGGGCCCUGCAGACGUAGAGAGAAUCCUGGUGUUCCAAGAGCCGCAGGAGGAGCGUGCAGAGACCAAGGCGGCAUCGGAGUGGACGGAGCCUGUGCUCUUCCCUGGUGAAGAUUCUGUGGGCGUGAGGUGUGAGCCGAGUGACAACCCGGCCGACCGCCAUCUGCUGGUGGUGCUGGUGCCAACAGGUCCCGGGCAUGAGGCGCCCAGCCAAAGGCAGCUGCAGCAGCUCGCGGAGUGCUGGGAGUCCGCCUGCGACGGCUUCUUCGGGCUUCGAGGGGAGGAGGUCUCGGUGGAAAGGGAUGGCUGGGAUGAAGUCCGGCUGCGAGCGCUGUGCGCGCACCAUGGCUGGGAGUUCUCAUGGAUGACCGAAGAUGACGAGCGGCGGCGGCGCAUUGUUGAGGGCUCUGGUGCCAGACGCUGAGCGGGGAAGAGCCAAAAUCAUAGAGGAAGAUGACGUCCAUGUGCGCUUUUCUGGGUAAUAUAGCUCCUUUUCCCCCUCCCACACAUUCUGGGCAGACGAUGUUUCAUUGAUGUCGACGUGUUUGCCGCUUGGCAGUUCCACUUGACCAGAUAAUGCAUCGGCCUCUCGGCCGCGUCUGCCGAAGGCAUGGCGUGGCCAGUCUUCGGGCCACGGAGCACAAUAUGGGCGCGUGUCAAAACGAGCUCAGGCUCGGGCGGGC